GAAAAAUCUAUUAGCCGUGCCUCGGCAGACUGCGAAGCAGUUGAGGAGGAAGCUCGAUGAGAUAGCCGAAAACUUGGCUAACACCCACGCUUCUCAGCCAGCGCUCAACCGGGUACCGGUACGGUCUGGCACUCCUCCUAGAUUCAACAAUAACUCCAUCAUCAGACACUUUUCAACGGUUGCUGUCAAGAGCCCACUUUACGGUGCUGGUAGGUACGGUACUCCCUCCAGACAAGGCAGCAAGUUGGCCAACAGUAUCUGGACUCAGGCUAAUUUCAGAUCUGCUAGAAGCACCAGAUUUGGCAGCAGAGGUGUUUUCCCCUCCUCCUUGUACAACCACUUGCCGAAUGCCAGGGCCAGAAUGUUUUCCACCUACGCGGCCUCUAACAACUUGACCGCCGAGGCGGUGAAGAACUUAACCACUGCCAUCAGAACCUUGUUCAAUGCCACAGAAAAGUUGAACCAGCUCGACGGUGGUAAUGGGCACACCAGCAAUGUAUUGUUGAACAGUGCCAACAGAAAUGCCAAGGACACCAAUGUCCGCACCAACAGCUCCUUGACCUCCGAGUUUACCCACCAAACCAUUAUGUUGGCCAGAACCGAGUCAGAAAACUGCAUCUCUACCGGCUGUUACGCCGAGUUCCAGUUUAAGCUCCAGUUGACCAUCCCGACGGUCACUUUCUUGGACGAGAAUGUCAUGAUGAACAUCGCCGGUGACAUCGAAUUCUACCAGCGCGAGGUAGCCCUCAUAUUGGAAGACUUGCGGAGGAUAGAAAACUUUGGGAGCUUGCCCAUAGAGUUUGAUUAUAAGAAUUCCCGGCUCAAAGUGUACUUCCCUAACUCCGAUAAGGAAACGGUGGAUCGGUUGUUACAGGACUACGAGAUCACUAGCGGGGUGGUUUACGAGGAUGCGGCAGAAAAGCUAGAGCUCCGAGUUGUGGAAGCGGAGACUCCUAGCCUAGCUACCUCGAGCUAUCUCGAGGUCUCUUCGCACUCCGACGGUUAUUACUACUCUGACGUCUUGUCGUCUCCCUCGGAGCGCUUGAGCCUUGAAUCCAUGACGGAGGCAGCUUCGUCCGUCUCCGACACCGACUCUGAUCUUUUGAGUUCGGACUACCUCCCCUUUGCGACGGGUGAGACUCCGGAUGUCGCUACAGUCGAUGAAGCUGAAAUGGCACAAAUGUCAUUGUCGUCGAUCUCUCAUUCGAGUGGCGGGUACCACCCAAAUGAAGUGCUAGUUCGUACCUCCGGUGGUGCCUGGGUUAGUGUUUAGUCUGCUCUUUAUCGUUACCGGUGUAACGACGUGAUGAUAUUUUUAUGCUGGUGAUGGAAUUUUUUUUGUGGCCCCUUUUUAUCCUGUGAACGAUUUAUGCUUUUUAUAUACCUACAACAGUGUAGCCAGGUCAGUUUUGCGGCCCAAUUAUACUUUUUGCACAACGAGGCAUCCGGGAAGUUCCGAUUUCCGUUAGAUAAGCCGAUAAAAGGAUCGGGAGGCAUACCGAUGGCUACUCCUUUCCAGGUAAACACACCCUAAUAAUAAGGCUAUUGGCACGCCAGUGG